UGCUGUGAUUGGCACUUGUUUGCUUUUCGCCAUGUGUAACGGCCAGUGGUUAUUUAUCCAACAAUUCAUUCACUAUUAGGUGCUCAAGAUUUGAAUGGCAUCUGCCUAGUUUGGUGUCAGUUUGCAUUUUGGUCAUGAGCAAAAAGAACGUCUCGAGUUUUCCCGCGUGGAAAACAAAAAUCUCAUCGGAGCCACUUCUGGAACCUCUGCCCACGCCACUGAGCACCCCGAUCCAAAGUUCCAAGCGACCAGAAACCACACUGCUUUUAGUUUACUGGCUCUCAAAGAUAUUCGGUAUUGCUCCAUUGAGUUACGAUGGAACCACAGAAAAAUUAGUGCGGUCAAGAGCCAAUGUUUUCUAUAGUGCUUUAUUUAUGUGCUUCAGCUUUGCUUUGUUGAUUUUCCUUACACAGAGUGUGGCUCAGACAACACUGAACGAAGGAAAAUUUAUUAGUGGUCUGGAGCCAGUCCUUCUUGCCGCCCUCAACACAUUGCAAAUGGUGACUGCUAUUUUUCGAUCAUCGGAUGUUAUGGACACGCUAUCGAUGCUAUGGGGCUUGGACGUCGAAUUGACUCCAGCGCGCGGUGGGCCAGUUUUAUUUAUAAGCUUGAUACCCACUUUUCUUACAAUUUUUGCAAGUCUUGCUGACAUGAUCACUUCAUUUCUUGAAGAAUUCGAGGACGCUUAUUAUGACACUUUGGUUUACACCUCGUACUAUGUCAGUACAAUAGCCGGUGCGCUGGUCGAGGCGCAGUUUUGCGUCGCUUGCCUCGCACUCCGAUUUUGGGUUUGGAAUACGAACCUCCGAAUUAAAUCAUUACGAAAGAAUGGGGUUGGUGCGAUGUACCGUCUGGAAGCGCUCAGAUUAACCCACGCCAAGUUAAUUUCAGCCUCCAAGGAGCUGGACGCUACCUUUGCUCCGCAGCUCCUCUUAGGCUGCACCCUUUCCUUUGUGGGCACGGUGCUGAAUGCUUAUUUCAGCGUAAAUGGAUUUUACCAAGGCGGCCGCGAGCAAGACGAAGCCAACGAGGUUUUGCAGAAUGUCCAGUGGCUCUUCGUAGUCAUGUAUCUGUCGCGCAUUUUCCUCCUCUGCUUUUCCACAUCACGAUUGGUGACCGAACUUAAACAAACCGGUUGGCAGCUUUGUAUACUCGGAGAUCAAAGACUAGCAACAGAAAUCAAAGCAGAGAUUGAGCUUUUCCAGAGGCAGGUGAUUGCCGCUCAGGUGGAUUUCUCAGCGUGGGGAAUCAUUCCAUUGGAUUUUUCACUUCUAUUUGCAAUUGUCAGCACAACUACAUCAUAUCUUCUAAUUUUAAUCCAAUAUCGGCCAAAAUAAAUAAUUGAAUCGGCUUAAGAGGAACCAAUUGAGAAAAAAUCAUUCAUUAGCCGUUUUUUUAGUUUUCUUGUGGGUACAAAUAGAAUUGAAUAUUAAAAAAAAAAGAAGAAGAAAACUACGUUAAUCGCGCACGACUCCUUGUUGUUGUCAUUUCUUCAUUAUAUAGAUGCAAAUAAAAACAUGCACCUUCUAUCAACGCAAAUUGUUAUAAAAUGUAAUAGAUUUACUGGUGAAAACUUGAAAUCAUAUAUGAGCCUCGUUGCAAAUCAAAAUGAAAAAAUAAAGGACAACUGACCCCCCAAGGUGACCUGUGGUCUGCUGGCACUUAAUUUGAAAACCUAGGAUUUUGCUA